CUCCCUUCGCCCGUCCUCUCGCGGCGAGGCUCCUCCCGACGCCGCCCGACGCCGCCGCCGCCGCAGUGACAGCUGAGCCCGGGCUUCCUCGUCGCUUGGCGGUUCUCUGCGCCUACCUUUGCAGCCAAGGAGCGCCGUCGGCGCCGCUCGGGUCGCCUGCCCGUCGUCCUCGAGGAAGGAAAGGGUCGGGAGGCGCAGCUGGCGGAGUGGGGGAAGCAACAUGGCUGAUGAUUUCGGUUUCUUCUCCUCGUCGGAGAGCGGAGCAGCCGAGGCCGCCGAAGAGGACCCGGCCGCCGCUUUCCUGGCUCAGCAAGAGAGCGAGAUCGCGGGCAUCGAGAACGACGAGGGCUUCAGCACCGCCGACGGGGCCGCGGGAGGCAGCCAGGAGGCAGCCGAGGCGCCGGCUGAUUUUGACAGCAAUGGGGCCACCGUGAACGGAGACCUCUAUCAGGAAUCCAAUGGGCCCACAGAUGCCUAUGCAGCCAUUGCUAGAGCUGACCGGCUGACGCAGGAGCCUGAGAGCAUCCGCAAAUGGCGAGAGGAGCAGAAAAAGAGACUGCAGGAGUUGGAAGUGACCUCCAAGGUGUUAGAGCAGGAAUGGCGUGAAAAGGCCAAGAAGGACUUGGAAGAGUGGAACUUGCGGCAAAAUGAGCAGAUGGAGAGGAACCGGGCCAACAACAGGAUUGCUGACAAAGCCUUUUACCAGCAGCCGGAUGCCGAUGUGAUUGGCUACGUGGCCUCGGAGGAAGCCUUCAUGAAGGAGUCCAAGGAAGAGAUGCCCGGCACCGAAUGGGAGAAAGUGGCCCAACUCUGUGACUUCAACCCCAAGAGCAGCAAGCAGUCCAAGGAUGUGUCGCGCAUGCGCUCUGUGCUGAUCUCUCUCAAACAGACACCCCUGGCCCGCUAGCCAAGCCGGAAAGGGGCUGGGGGCUGGGCCGGGGGCCGGGGUGAGGAUGCCGAGUUGCUCUUUGGCCAGCGGAUUUCGCUGCUGCACAACAACAGGCUUAGACGGCCACCAGUAGGGGACACCAAAAGCAUCCCACCCCUGCCCCUUCCUCUCUCCUCCGUGCGUUUGCGUCACUCGGGCCGAGUGGUUGCCUGUACCCCUCCCCCUUGGUUUUACUUUGCUUAAAGGGUGCAUUGGUAUCUUUUUCCACAUAUUUAUUAACUGCGUGGUUCCUUGGGCAGCUGCCCUCCUUGGUUCACACACCUGCUGCCUUCGAGAAAGGUCACUCCCUGUUUUAGCGUCUGGGGCAUUCACAGGCUUCCCUGGCCCCUGUUUAUCUCAUCAGACUUGGCCGGUAGAGUAGGCAAAACACAGUUCACUUUCCCAAUACUUUGUACCAGACCCGGGAGGCACCACUCAAUUGGAGCCCAAGGCUGCAUGUAGGUUUCCCCAAGUUAGGGGCUCCGCUCUUGUUGCUGCUUACCCCCAGCGAGAGUGAGCGGUGACCCCCGAGAGUAGCUAGAGUGUUGGAGCUUAGUCGUGCUUCCGAGCUGGUGCCUGGCAGGCUUGGCAGAGAAAGAGGAGGGUGUCUGCAAGCCCUGGGGAGGGAUGUGCAAAAGGGAGAGAGGGCAAUGAGGAAAACUGACCUAAAGACUUGGUGUGCUGAAAUUGUAAUGGAGGGGCUGAACUUAAGAUCUGUUUGAAGUCAUGAAAGAGCUGCAGGGGGAAACGACAACAAGCCAUUGUGCUAAGACUUGCUUCCACUGAGUGGAAUGCUGCUUCUCCCCACCACCAGUUAGUUAUUCCUGAAUCAAAAGCCUGUUUUGGCUUAGGAGAUGUAGAAGGGGAAGAAUAUAAGAAAGAAUCCUGAGCACUUCCUUCAUAUUCUCAUUCCCCACCUCUCUCAUUUACAUGCACACAUGUGCCCCUCAAGGCAUAUGAUUCUGUAUUUGCAAAGGCAACACUAAGCACAGGGACGUGAUAUGGGGUUAACUGGAUUUUUCUCGGAGAGAUUGCUUCUUUCAGUUUGUGUGCUUCAAAGGGAAGGUAGAUGAAAGCAGGGCAAUUCUGUACUCAUCUCCCACUAGGAGCUGUCUAUGCCUUUUGGGCUUCUAAGCAAGCCAAGGUCCAUUCUCUUACUGCCGCCACCCAUAGUAAGUCAACACCCCCAAAUCAAAUACUGUACUUGAGAAUGCAUUCCUGUGCAGCUUGGAACAAAGUGCCACAGUAUAUCCAACAGGGCUUUCUUCCAUAUAUAUAUAUAUGCACAGGAUUGCAGUUUUAAAACACUUCACCAGCACAAUCAUGUCUGUUCAGAAGUAAGUCCCAUGGAGUUCAAUGAGGUUUACUGCUAAGUAAGUGGGUGUAGGAUUUCAGCCUACACGUUUGAUUUGAAGGCUGAUUUCCCUCUAUAAAGAUUCAGAGAUUUGCUGGACACCUUAUGGUGCAGCUGAUGACCUUGCUGCCAUUAGGUUUCCCCAGCCCAGGUAACAAACGUGGAGCUGAAAUUACACUGAGACCAGUCCACUCUCCCAGUGCUGUGUGAAGAGUAAGUGAUGAUUCUGUAGUAUUUGUCCCUUUCCAUACUGCUGGCCUGUAUCUUAGGCUCCUGCCAUCUCUUCCUUUGUACCAGGAGAGGAGCCGACAGAUCGCUCAUUUUCCCAUUGGGGGUAUGUUCUGCUGUGAGGGGCUGCUUGGCUCCUCUAAUGAAGAUUCUUCACCUUGAGUGAAUGUGAACCUAAUAGCAGAAAAGCACAAUGGCCACAUGUGGCUGCAAGUGCGUAUUUUGGAGUCUCAUGAAUAUAUGGCCAUUUGGGGGAGGGGGAUCUGGGCUGGUUGUGCAUUGUCGGCAAAGUUUUCAAGACCACAGAAACAGCUGUAAGCACAGAAUACAUAGAUUAUCAGGGUUCACCUCCUUACUUGGGUUGGCUUUGCAGGGAGCUGCUUUUGUGAUUUGCUUAUGUCCAUGUUAAUGUGUUAAGGUCCUCGUGCGCUAAGCUCACCGUAUCAUUUUUGAACAGUGAAGCAUGUGUAUAAAAAAAAGAUCGACAGAGGAAACGGAAGUUCCUAUCCCAGGAAAGUUCUUUCAAGGAGCUUUUGACAACAUUUGAAUUUUCCACAUGUGGACUGUCGCAUCAGCACCUUGCUCUUCAAAAAUGAUGUGAUAAGCAUCGUGCAGGGAAAACAGUUUACAGUGUUAAAAAGUGGGUUGGUCUGGGACUUGACAGCUUACAGAAAAAAGGAUGUGUUCCUAUGGGGAAAGGCAGCUCUUUUAGGUAAAAUGUUUAAUAAGGUUCUUGCUUUUCUCUAAUCAGGAGCCCAACAGCUUUGGAAACAAACCCUAUGCAGUACAACAACCUUGCAGGAUCGGAGCCUUGCGGUAUAUGCAGCUCAAAAAGCCUGCCCAGUCUUUGUCCAACAUGCCCUGUUGGCCAAAGACGCUUUGAUUUGCAAUAUAAAGUUUGUGACAACUGCAUUACAACUCUCUGUUUGGGGGCUGUUGUUGCUAGCUAAGAGAAGCGCAGAGAAAACUAUAUCUUUUUACAAGGGUUCGUUUUAGGGAUGUUUCCUCUGGAACAAUCCACAUUCAAGUUUAUCUGAAGAGCUAGAGACGAGUGACAGAUCCCAGACUGAUGGCAGCUCCCUCUUCCACCAUCAGCUACAGAGAACUUCACAGCAUAGAGGAGACAGCUUGGGAGCAUUGAUGGUCUGACCACUCCUCACCGUAUCCUCUGGAAACCAAGCUGUUUGCUUUGUACCCCGGGAUCAAUAUCUGCACCGGAGUCCAGUAGCAAGAAGCAGCCCCUGCUUGGAAUCACCCAGUCAGCCCAGAAUUUCACUACUACUAUGUCUGGCACCCCAAGUGGCGGCAGCAGUAAGCUGGGGGGCACUUGGGGGAGGCCUGCAGCUGCUCUGUCCCCCAACAUUACAAUCUGUGACUUUGUUAAACCAACUAUUAUCAAUAAACUGCCACUACUCCAUUCACAGUU